CCCAGCAAUUGGAGCGGCAGCGAGAGCCCUGCCGAAGACAUGGAGCGGAUGAGCGAUUCGGUGGAUAAGCCCGUGGACAAUGACGCAGAAGGCGUGUGGAGUCCUGACAUCGAACAGAGCUUCCAGGAGGCCUUGGCCAUCUACCCUCCUUGUGGACGUCGUAAGAUCAUCCUUUCGGACGAGGGCAAGAUGUAUGGUCGGAACGAGCUGAUCGCUAGAUACAUCAAGCUUCGGACAGGGAAGACGAGGACUCGCAAGCAGGUGUCUAGUCACAUUCAGGUUCUAGCCAGAAGGAAAUCUCGUGAGUUUCAUUCCAAGCUAAAGGACCAGGCCGUGAAGGACAAAGCCCUCCAGAGCAUGGCCUCCAUGUCGUCAGCACAGAUCGUCUCCGCCACGGCUAUUCACAACAAGCUGGGCCUGCCCGGCAUCCCGCAUCCAGCGUUCCCCGGAGCAGGGAUAUGGCAAGGAAUGAUAUCGACGAGUCAGCCAGGAUCCUCACAAGACAUCAAACCCUUCACCCAGCAAGCCUAUCCCAUCCAGCCAGCAGUCACAACCGCAAUUACAAGCUACGAGCCCACCGCUGCUGCUCCGACAGCACCAGCUUGGCAGGGCCGCUCUAUCGGCACAACCAAACUGAGACUAGUGGAGUUCUCUGCCUUUCUGGAGCAACAGAGAGACCCAGAUUCGUACAACAAGCACCUCUUUGUGCAUAUCGGACAGACCAAUCAUUCCUACAGCGACGCCCUGCUGGAGUCUGUGGACAUUCGUCAGAUUUAUGACAAAUUUCCGGAAAAGAAGGGAGGACUGAAGGAGCUGUAUGGAAAGGGCCCUCAAAAUUCCUUCUUCCUAAUAAAGUUCUGGGCCGACCUAAACUGCAACAUCCAGGACGAGAACGGCUCUUUCUACGGCGUCACCAGUCAGUAUGAGAGCUCGGAGAACAUGACCAUCACAUGCUCCACUAAAGUAUGCUCCUUCGGCAAGCAGGUGGUUGAAAAAGUCGAGACUGAAUACGCGCGGUUUGAAAAUGGGCGUUUCGUCUACAGGAUAAGCAGGUCUCCCAUGUGUGAAUACAUGAUCAACUUCAUCCAUAAGCUAAAACACCUGCCUGAGAAGUACAUGAUGAACAGCGUGCUUGAGAACUUCACUAUCUUAUUGGUGGUGACCAACCGGGACACGCAGGAAACCCUGCUUUGUAUGGCGUGCGUGUUUGAAGUGUCAAACAGCGAGCACGGCGCCCAGCAUCAUAUCUACAGACUGGUAAAAGAAUGA